UGUAUGUUUUACUCAAAACCAUAGUUACGACAAAAGCAAAAAAACAAAUCAUUUCUUUAUUUGUUUCCGUUUUCUCAAUUUUAGCGUUAUUAUUAUUUUUCACUUUUCUCCCAGCUGCUCAUGCGCCUCAUGCCACAGCUUUUAAAGCCCACCGCCCUCCUAAUUUCGCUCUCACGUCCCUCUCCGUCGUCUGCCUCUCCCGUCUCCCCUCCCAAAUCCCAGUCUUCUGCCUCCCUCGCGCGUCCUCGUCCUCAACUCCAAGAACCAGAGCAAGAAACGGACGGGCCACCCGACCGAUCAGGCGCGCGCGGCCGCAGCAGCCAUGGGGCUGUCAUGGUGGUGCCGGGGCCUUCGCCUCCUCUUCGUGGCGUCCCUGCUCGUCCUCUCUGCCGCGGCGCUGCAGCAGCAGCCCUCGCCACGCGCGGGGAGCCGGCCUCCUCCGGUCGAGCCGUCCGCCGCCGCCGACGCGCUCCUCGCCCGCAUGUGCGACCCUCGCGGCGCGCACCCGGCGCCGCCCUCCUGGUGCCACACACUGCACCUCAGGCGCCCCGUCGGGGCCGCGGAGCACCGCCACCACCAGCACCACCACCACCGGCCCGUGCCGAUGCCGCUGCCGCCUCCAGGCCGCGACGGCAGCGGCGGGGAGGAGAUCGACGUGCGCUACGGCGUCGCCAAGCGGCUCGUCCCGACGGGGCCGAACCCGCUGCACAACUGAGGCGCACGCGCGCCGCGCGCCACGACGAAGACGGACGACGACGACGACGUGGCGGCGGCGGUCAGUUCACCGUUUCUUGGACGCCGAGCUCCUCGCGCGAUGUAAGCACCGCUCGUCGGCCUCUCUUGUUCCUGCUUUCCGGCCGGCACGCGCCGCGCCUCCGGAAAGGACUUACAAUGGAGGACCGAUCGACGCCUGGGCCGUGCCGCGUGCAUGACAAUAACAGAGAUAAUAGCAGAGUAGAUACGUGUGCCAUGUAUAGGCUCGUGCUUCGUCUUCCUUCCGAUUCUUGACUUCUUGGCUUUUUCCCAUUGCUCUGUCUGUCUCUGUUCCUUGCCGCUGGGGUCUCCUGUAGUUGCAGCCUUCUUGGCUUCCAUUGUUCACCAGUAGAAAACCAGCUUGAAAGUUCCUUUUUCUCGCGGUAACGCCCGCAGAACUUGUCGUUUCGCUCGCUCA